AUGACCUCGGACUCGCUCUUGCAUCGCCCGACUGAGUCCCUCAUCCUUCCGAACAAGCGCCGCUUCUUUCCUUUGAAGAUCCCGAACUUCCACCCCCAGCUCCGCCACUACAUCAGCACGGCCGAUCCGGAUCGCAUAUAUGUCGUCGUCGAACGAAUUGUCGUUGCGAUUCACAUUGCGGCGCAAAAGCGGGAGAGCAUAGCCGUCAUUCCGUUCGAGCCGCGAUGCUUGGCGGCUGGUUACGGGUGGAUCGCGGUGGGUGGGCCAGACAAUGGUGAAUGCGCUUACAUCAGAAUCGAUGAGAGAGGACUGCAGGUUCAUGACGAGACAUCUCCACUCCACCCCGCCGAUGUCGAUAGUGCGCUUCCGCUCGACCUAGAGCCACCGUCCCGGCUCCCGUCGCCGGGAACCUCUGGGGAUACCCCGGCAUAUCGGCCGGGGAGACGAUCAUUGCCAGAACUCAUCCUACACAAAUUCGGAGGCAGUAUUGUCAAUUCGGUGACAAUCCAUCGCUUCCCCAGCAACGGUGAAGGCACCUCCCAUGAAGAUGUGAUGGUCCUCAGCAACAACGAUCAUACCGUGACCGUCUACUCCUUGACCCGAUCCAAAGUUCUCAAGAUCCUGCAACACACAACUUGUAUGAACUACACCACCAUCUCACCAGACCAGACCAUCUUGGCUGCAGUGGGUGAUGAGAACAAGGUUUAUUUCUAUCGGAUUCUGCGAGACUGGGGACCAUCUGCAUCUACAGAAGCAGGUAGCAAACUCGCGGGUUGGGAAUGGGAAAUGCUGCAAUGCAUCGAGAUAGACAUCGGUGGUCGCCCUGAUGACGCUUGCUGCUUUACUAUUGCCUUUUCACCAUCGAGCCAUUUGUGUGCCAUCGGCUCCCAAUCAGGAGUCAUCACAGUCAUAGAUGUAGAGGUCAUCCGCCAGACUUCCGGCGGUUUUGAAUCAGAUGAAAACCCGAUUCUUCACCAAUUCCUGGCUUCCAGGUCAUGCCAGGAGGGUGGCGCUGUGCGCUGCAUGAUCUUUUCCCCUGAACCGUGGGACCUGCUGGUAUGGCUUGAAGGCCAUGGCCGAGCUGGAAUCGCAGAUGUUCGCCAAUUUUUUCUCCGAAGGCAGCUUCUCCAUUUGAAUCUUGAUGAUCCACAGCUGCAAGGGGCUCAUUUGGAGCCACUGGGAGACGAAUCAGAUGAUCAGUCCAUGGAUGAUGACGAUUUAUCUGUGCUGCCGCCCCCGCCUCGUUUGAGAAUCAAUGGCGAUGACCCCCCAAUUGAGCGAGCCGCCGGAGAGACCGAACGUUCUUCACUGCGUGAGAACUUAAUACAGGAUCUCACCGAGCGGGAGAGAAUCAUCAUGGAUUUUUUGAAUACAGCACGGUGGACAGGGAGAUUGGAAGAAGGGGUAACUGAGCGGCCAGAACGGCCAGAACGGCCAGAACGGCCAGAACGACCAGCCAGAGCAAGCUUGCAUUCUCAUGUGGCCCGCGCACGACACCUCGGGUCUGCGGAUGGGACUGCUCGAAACUCCCUUCCUAACUCACCCCCACGUCCAUAUGACUCUUCAGAUACGGCUCGAGAUGUCGAUGGAGAAAUAUCUCUGCCGCCCCCGCUACCUCCACCCCCGCGCAUGAGUCAUUCCAGACGCGCGGGGGGCCCUACCGAGCGGUCAUACCACGCCAGGCGUCAAAGUUCAAUCGUUCUCUCACAGGGAAGUCGAUCUUCAGAAACUGAAAACUCUAAUAAUGAUCCCCAGCCCAGCCUUACCCUAAGCUGGACAACGUCGCCAUCUGAUCUUCUGUCUGCCGGACCAGACAUCGCUUCACAGGGUGUUGACCCUGAUCUUGUCAGUCAUGAAAACGACUCAGGUCCAAGAACUCCUGAUCCAUUCAGACCUGGGCCCGAACCAAUUGACCUCGAGCGGGCGGGUAUUGCUAGACUUAGGGCCCAGCAAUCAAGUUCAGCCCCACGGCGAACGGAACGACCUCAGACCGCGGCCGAACGCAGAUAUGAUAGUUCUCGCCCAUCUAACUAUGAAAUAAGAUCAAAUCUUGCGGCGGAGCGUCUUCGACGCCGCCCAAUGGCCAGUGAGGUACAUACCUACCGCUCCUCUCUUGAACCUGAACAAAGACGUCGCCAACUAUUUCUUGGUUUUGAACAGGCCCAUUCGCCCCGCUGGAUCAGGAACAUCAUCAAUGACCUGCCUGACCGAAGCCUGAUCCAUGGCUCCGGUGCCGGUGAGCCAGACGCUACAGCUGGAUUAGGCUGGGGCGCUGACGGGAGAACAUUGUACAUUGCCACAGUACAAGGAAUUUUCGAAUUUCAAUUAAACAUCCACGACCGACGAACUUUCCCGUCAAUCUCAUACCGAUGA